GCAGUCGAACCGUACGGAAUUGGUCUUCUUUUCGCUCGACUAGCGGGACGCGGGAUAGACACUUGCUUAUCACUGCUGGUUGAUCCUAGCAAAGGAACAUUCAACAGUUGUGAUUUUUUUUUGUUCUAAAGUGGUGAUUGUGUAAAAAUUGAGAAAAAAUGGCAAUGAAGAAAUUUUUGAAUAAUGUCUAAAGGAAAUUAACAGUUUAGCCAACAAUUAAGACAGUGAUUGGGCAUUAUUUUACCCCUUUUUCAGCGAGUGAUUGGCGCUCAAAAUUUCGUCCAAUCGUUACGAAUUAAAGUGUUCGUUUGUUUUAAGUGCCGCCGUUGGUUCCCGCGUGAUUAAUAUCGGCGUGUUUGUUUAUUGUUGUUUUUUGCGGGCUGGCCAGGCGCCACCGAUUAAGAAGGACUGCACAGGAAUCCUCGCGCUUCAGCAGCUGAGUCACCGAUUCCCACCAGUGGCCGCGCCAACCAGCAGCGCGUGGAAGCCUAAUUGAAAAAUGUCACAGCGCUUGUCGGUUGUUCAUUCGCAAUGAUGAAACCAUUGUGGUCAGGAGGCAAUAAUGAGAACACCGCGCAUAAUAGCACACGAGAUUAGAAUCUUGAAGUGGUCUGCGGUGGCCAUCCCCGUCAUCUCGUGGACACGGAAUACAACGAAGCAGCAGCAGCAGCAGCUGCGUGCUUGCGGGUAAAGAAUCGCCAGAACACCGAACCUGGAGAAGUUGUAGAAGCUAGACAGACUGAACAAGACGGAACAGGGUGGUUUUUCUUUUUCGUCCGUAAUUUGUCUCCGGUCUCUUUUUGCUUGAGCGGCCCGGAUGUAACCAGUCAUAGCAGGCCAACGGGUUUUUUGUCUCCUCUCCAACUUUAGAGGGCAACCGCCACAGUCUACAGUCAACGCAGUAGGCCAGCAGGGGGAUCACGUGUUGCAUGCCGACUCCGGUGCCAAUCGAUCCGGUCGGCGAAGAAGAAAAUGACGAAUGAUACGAGCAAAGCGACAAACGCCACCUACGAUCAGAGUAACUGCAAAAAGCGCGAAUCUUGGCACUCGAAUGGGGAUGUGACGGGUGAUGGCGGGCCGGAUCCGGGAGGAGACGACGGUACGGAUCCGGACUUAGGUGCAACCGGAAACGAUCGAGCCCAGGAAACGACAGCUCUCAAUCCGAAGGGCACCAAUCGUCCCAGUGGCGGCGGUAAGGAGCGAACGUUGGUGGUGGCUCUGACGGGGGAACGCCGGCGGGAAACCUGGAGCCAGAAGACGGAGUUCCUGCUAGCCGUCAUCGGGUUUGCGGUGGAUUUGGGUAAUGUUUGGCGCUUUCCAUACAUUUGCUACCAGAACGGGGGUGGAGCUUUCCUCAUACCCUACUGCAUUAUGCUGCUGUUCGGGGGGCUGCCGCUGUUCUACAUGGAGCUGGCCCUGGGGCAGUUUCAUCGCUGCGGCUGCCUGACGAUUUGGAAGCGGAUUUGCCCCGCUUUGAAGGGUGUUGGCUACGCAAUCUGCCUGAUCGACAUUUAUAUGGGCAUGUACUACAACACGAUUAUCGGCUGGGCGGUUUAUUAUCUGUUCGCAUCAUUUAACACCGAGCUGCCGUGGACAAAAUGCGGUAAUUUAUGGAACACCGACGCCUGCACUCCGGUAACGGCGUUGGCCAGCCUCGCCACCAACAAAAGUCUACUGGUUGGUGCCGGCUUGAACGGAACCGCUGACGGAUUCAUCAACGGAACGUUCGGUUUGCUGGGGAAUCUGACGACGACGAUGGCCGGUGCUUUGGUGGGUGCCGAUGUGGAACUUGUGCGAACCAGUCCGGCGCGGGAGUUUUUCGAGCGCCAGGUUCUGGAGCAGUACAAAUCGGACGGAUUGGACUAUAUGGGACCGGUGAAGCCAUCGCUGGCGUUGUGUGUUUUUGGAGUGUUUGUUCUGGUUUACUUCGCCCUCUGGAAGGGGGUCAAGAGUGCCGGCAAGGCGGUUUGGGUGACGGCGCUCGCCCCGUACGUGGUGCUGUUGAUUCUGCUUGCCCGCGGGGUAACACUGCCGGGGGCGGCCGAAGGGAUCCGAUACUAUCUGACGCCGGAGUGGCACAAACUGAAGAACUCGAAGGUGUGGAUCGACGCUGCGUCGCAAAUCUUUUUCUCACUAGGACCCGGUUUCGGCACACUGUUGGCACUAUCAAGCUACAAUAAGUUCAACAACAACUGCUAUCGAGACGCUCUGCUGACAAGUAGCAUUAACUGUCUGACCAGCUUCCUGGCCGGGUUUGUGAUUUUCUCCGUGCUCGGUUACAUGGCGAACGUGCAGAACAAAUCGAUCGAAGAUGUCGGCCUGGAAGGACCGGGAUUGGUGUUUAUCGUCUAUCCGGAAGCAAUCGCCAUGAUGAAAGGAUCGAUCUUUUGGUCGAUUAUUUUCUUCCUGAUGCUGAUCACAUUGGGAUUGGACAGCACCUUCGGCGGGUUGGAAGCGAUGAUUACGGCUUUGUGCGAUGAAUAUCCACGGGUUAUCGGAAGGCGGCGGGAACUGUUUGUGUUGAUCCUGUUGGCACUGAUCUAUAUCUGUGCGCUACCGACGAUGACUUACGGUGGUGUCUAUUUGGUCAACUUCCUGAACGUGUACGGGCCCGGGCUGGCGAUCCUGUUUGUAGUGUUCGUCGAAGCAGCCGGCGUGUUCUGGUUCUACGGGGUGGAAAACUUCUCCGCCGACAUCGAGCAGAUGCUGGGCAAGAAACCGUCCCUGUUCUGGCGCAUUUGCUGGAAGUACAUCAGUCCGACGUUUUUGUUCUGCAUUCUGAUAUUCUCGCUGCUAGGGUACGAAAGUAUGCUCGAAGGAGAGUACAAAUAUCCCGAGUGGAGUGUUGCUGCCGGUUGGGUACUUACACUUUCGUCGGUGCUUUGCAUUCCCUUGUACGUGAUUUACAAGUUCAUGAUCAGCGACGGUAGUUUCAUGAACCGUCUUCGUCAGACGUUCAAACCGGAACCACUGAUACCGACGGCUGUGCCCGGACAAAUUUACACCGGAACCGCUGUCUGACAUGAUUGCGAAGCACAACGACAACAACAACAACAACCAACAUGUCAACGUUGCCAUGACAGCAGCAGCGUUUGCUGCUGUUGCUUUGAUCGUAUCGAUUCACCAACACGAUGUAGUUGUUCCCCAAACUACAACAGCUACUACUACUAUUACUAUUACAACUACGAGGAUCCUUCUAGUGACGUUCGCUCGCCUAGUGGUACCACCAAUGAUAUUAUGCUAAACGAUGAUAAUCCUGCUGAUGAUAAGCUUAACGUUGAUCUGCUACUUGAUGUCGAAACCAAUCGCUGCGGUGAUAAUGCUGAUACAGCUAGUACUUACUGCAACCGUUACAGUAGUUAUCGAGAAGGCAGCUACCGACUUUGCGUCACUCCUCGCCUGAAGAAGCUAUCGUUUCCGCUGGCUACGGAGUGGCUCGUUUGAUCUCAAUCUUGGAUGUCAUCUUGGAUUGCGCGUACACAGAGGAAAGGACUUCCUAUUUUUGCUAGAGUUGAAAGCCAAUUACUUGCCACUUAUUGCAUACUGUUACGCUAUAGAUACAUUAAUAGGUAGAUAAAGCUUCGUUAUCCUACUACAAGUUAUGCUGCAGAAGAAAGUUGAAGCUUGGAAGGAAUACAACUCGAACUGGGCGCAAAGACAGCCAUUUUGCGUUCGGUUUGAGUUUCAGGGUUGACUUGAAGUUUCGUUCUUCCUUGAUCACAUUGUAAUUAAUACCUCGCUCGAUUUCAGUAAUCAUCUAUAGCAGUUAGAAGAGGGCUGACCCUGUCGAAUGCCACAAAGUACAGCUGUUAGGUAAUAUUGCUAUUAUUAAGACAAUGGUGUAGAAUAAAUGUUAGCUGUUGGUUAGGCUAAGCAACUGUUUUUUGUUGGGCAAAGAAAAAAAAAACGAUUUAAAGAUGCGUUGAUGGUCAUAAGUUUUACUCGUCUACCAACGAUAGUUUCAGUAUACUGAACAGAGAUAGAUAGAACAUAUAUUUAGCCUGCAAGUAGUGAGUAAUCUAGCCAGACGCCAGCUCAGAAGAGUCGUCAGUGUUUUUGUAGGAUGUGCUUUUAGCUAUUAAUACUCAAGAGAUUAGCGAUAAAUAUUUUGUAUAGAUGCUAGAAGCUCAGAGCCUGUACAACGCAACUCUCAGCGCAGUAAGUUUUGUUCUGUUGGUUACCGAUUGGAUUUCUGGCAAACUGUGAGUGUCGGGUGCCCAAGGGGCAAGCAGCCAUUUGCCACGUGGGCAUCAAUUCGUUCGCACUCGCUCCGUUGUACUAUAUUUCCCUGUUGUAGCGGGGCUCAGUUCUUCCGAACAGCUCGGACAAUAAACGAAAGACUUUUUUGUUUAGUUUUUCUAUACCUUA